UUAAAUUUUUUGAAUAACACGAACGGUCAAACAUAUUUUAAAAAAAUCAACAGCGUCAAAUAUUUAGAAACGGAGGGAGUAUAGUACUAGGCCUAAAUGGCUGUGACGUCAAUUUUAAAUUUUAAAUUUGAAUUUAGAGGAUUAUUUUGAACGGUCAGUGGUCAAAAUUUUCAAAAUUUUUGUGUGGUUGGUGACCCGACCCCCAUCUCCUCCUCCGACUCCGAUGCGCUCCUCCGCCGCCGACGCGCCGCCCCCCGCCACCGCGAGUGAGAUCGGAGACCUCCCCGUGGAGAUCGUCAGCGACGAGGAGAUGGCGCUCAUCGAGGCCGCGCUCUCCGCCGCCGCGGCAGCAUCCCGCCCGGUCCUCUCCUCCGCCGCCGCCCGCCGAGCGGUCCAGCUCUCCUCCUGCGCGGCCUACUCGGCCGCCUCCGGCGGCGACAUCGAGGACUCCCCACCUCUCCCGACGCCGCGGAGGGGGUCUCUGCUCGCGCGGUUCCGCGACCGCCGCGCGCUCGCCGUCACCGACAUCACCGCCACGGAAUGGUGCGAUAAGCAGCAGGAGUUCGUGCUGGAGCACGGCAAGCCGGAGAUGACGCAGGCCAUGAAGGCCGGGUCCGAGCGCCAUGCCCAGCUCGAGCAAGAGGUUAUCGAGAGAGUCGAAGUCACCAUUAGAUCCGCAGAAGAAUCGUGGGCAGUGAAAUUCAUGAACUUUAUCGUCGGAGCAAACCAGUUAAUGUUGGAGGGCAUCACUAGGGAAAUCCCCGUAAUUGGGGUCGUUGAAGGUUCAUGGAUGAUAGGUGUUAUUGAUGAACUCCGAAUGCCUCCAGAUGGUAUUUCAGUCCAUCCUAUCCUGGUGGAUACAAAGACACGUUACAAACCAACAGUUCCCUUAGAAGCACAAAAAAGAAAUGGAAGGCUUCAGGUGAUGUGUUACAAGUAUCUAUGGGACAAUUUGAUCAGUGAGAAAUUCCCAGCAGAGAAUUUCUUCAGCUAUUUUGACCUGGACCCCGGUUACUUGUUAUCAGACGAUAUCAAGCAAUACAUUAGAUUGUUGGGGCUCAAUGCAAAGACCUUAGAAGAUGUAUUGAAAUAUUUCAAGGUCACCUGCCAUACACUACCACGGUCUCAGGAACAGCUGCUCUUGAGAUAUGAGCUACAAGCGGACAAUUCCCUGCUUGAAGAAUACCAGUUCUCUUAUGAUGCUAGGUGGCUCAAGGAUCAAUUUCAGGAAGUCCUCAGCUUCUGGCAAGGAGCACGGGAGCCUAAAUUUGUGAGUGAAGAAGAGAGGUGGAAAUGCAGUUUCUGCAAAUUUGCAAAUAAUUGCCCAAUAAAUGCUUCCACAUCAAGAUGUUGCUGACUAAAAAACAAAUGUAGCAUUGAAGAUUGCUAUAGGUCAAAGUUUAGUGAGAUUCUUUUACGCCUGACUGAAGAACCAGUCGUAGCGAUGAAUUUGAACAUUUGAAGCGCCUUAUGUUCGUUCUUUCAUUUGUUCUUCUUGUUCUUUGAUGAUGAUAUGUAGAUCAAUGUAAGAUUUCAGCAUUAUAACUUAGAUGUUGAUCAGGUUGUUAUAAAGAGGAAUAUUUUUGUUGUACACAAUGAGAUAACUUCAUGGAAUUUGCUAUUGUGGAAUUUUAACUUCAAAUGUAAAUUUCUUAUGAUUAUUAAUAUAGUGUGAUUUUUUGCUUU